AUGCCUGAAGCGACUCUGCUAUCAUUUACCAAGAAAUUAUUGGCUUCACCACCACAAUUGACCAGUACAGACUUGUACGAUGCGCUGUCAAUCAUACUAAAUCUUUUAAAAAACUGUGAUACAAGUAACAAUGACAGUCUUUCAAUCUAUACCAAGGUUUCCAGUUUUCUCACGGCACUGAAAGUUACUAAACUUGACCAUAAGGCUGAAUACAUUGCAGAAGCUGCAAAGGCUGUGCUGAGACAUUCAGACCUAGUUGAUCUACCUUUACCCACAAAGACAAAGUUAUACUCGGAGGGAAAACCAGUAAUCUUGGAUAUUGUAGGUACUGGUGGUGAUGGGCAGAAUACUUUCAACGUUUCCACAUCUGCUGCUAUCGUUGCUUCUGGCAUUCAGGGCCUAAAGGUUUGUAAGCAUGGAGGCAAGGCUUCUACAUCUAAUAGUGGGGCUGGUGACCUGAUUGGAACGUUAGGAUGUGAUAUAUCCAAGGUAAAUUCAUCAACAGUGCCCAAAUUAUGGGCAGAUAACACAUUCCUGUUUCUACUUGCCCCCUUUUUUCAUCAUGGAAUGGGUCAUGUUUCAAAGGUACGUAAACUUCUUGGAAUUCCGACCAUUUUCAACGUUUUGGGACCGCUUUUACAUCCGGUUAGCCAUGUAAACAAAAGAAUACUUGGUGUUUACUCAAAGGAGCUUGCACCCGAAUAUGCCAAAGCAGCCGCCUUGGUAUAUCCAGAAAGUGAAACUUUCAUUGUUUGGGGGCAUGUUGGAUUAGAUGAAGUAUCUCCGAUAGGCAAAACUACUGUUUGGCAUAUCGAUCCGACAUCACCUGACCAUGAAUUGAAAACUUUCCAAUUAGAACCUUCGAUGUUUGGAUUAGAAGAACACGAAUUGUCAAAAUGUGCCUCAUACGGUCCAAAAGAGAAUGCAAGAAUUCUAAGGGACGAAGUCUUGUCUGGCAAGUACCAUCUCGGCGACAAUAAUGCUAUUUACGAUUACAUCCUAAUGAACGCCGCCGUAUUGUACUGUUUGAGCCAAGGCCACCAGAACUGGAAAGAAGGUAUCAUCAAAGCAGAAGAAAGUAUCCAGUCCGGUAAUGCAUUACGCUCUUUAGAAUACUUUAUAGCUAGCGUGAGCAAUUUGUAG